UUGAUUAGUUAGUGUCCGGAAGCCGGGCCGGAUUAACGCCUUUUCGGGAAAAUUUUAAAAUUGUCAACUGAUUUAAACCUUUUUUUACUGAACUUUAACGGUUGAUGAAUUUCAAUAUUAUAUAACAGUAGGAAACUAAAUUCGGAGUAAUGAUUCUGCCGGACAUUUCGGACUUCCUAGCGAAGUUGGAAAAACUGAAUAUAAAAAAAUUGGGCAUCAUCGGGGUGUCAACAUUGAUUGGUGGAUUACUUUUCAGCUGUGGAUUAUUCCCAUUCCUGAUCAAGACGAUGAUCAAGAAGAAUAUGCCCCUCAAACCAGGCUCCCAGAUCAGAGGCCUGUACGAGAAGCCCCCAUUUGCGAUCGACUUCAAGAUAUACAUCUUCAACGUCACCAAUCCCAGGGUGGUCCUUCGAGGAGGAAAACCCCAUGUACAGGAAAUCGGCCCUCUGUUUUUCGAGGAAUGGAAGGAAAAAUACGACACCGCGGACAACGAGGAAGAGGACACUAUGGCCUUCAACAUGCGCAACACUUGGAUUUUUAGGCCGGAUCUUUCGUUGCCUUUGACCGGAAACGAAAUGAUCACCAUACCACAUCCGAUCAUCAUGGGGGCACUCAUUAUGGUCCAGCGCGAUAAGGAAGCCAUGUUGCAACUGGUUUCGGAGGGAUUGAGUUUGAUCUUUGCCCCAUUGCGAGAGCAUGCAUUUUUGACUGUAAGAGUCAUGGAUUUACUGUUCGAUGGGAUUCCUAUUGACUGUAGUAGCGAGGAAUUUUCAGCUAAGGCCAUUUGCUCCGGAUUAGAUACGGAAGGAGCAGUGCUGCCUCUCAAUGAUACCCAUGUGAAGUUUUCGAUGUUUGGGAUGAGAAACGGAACGGAUGCUGGAAGAUUUGUGGUCCGUCGUGGGGUCAAGGACAUUCGGGACAUGGGUAGAAUGGUCAGCUACAACGAUGAGCUGGAGAUGGAUGUCUACGAUGGGGAUGUUUGCAACCAGUAUCAGGGUACGGAUUCGACCAUUUUCCCUCCGCUGCUUACCAAGAACGAUAAGUUGUGGGCGUGGUCUCCGGAUAUCUGCCGCUCGAUUGGAGCGGAGUACGGGGGGAAGGCCAAAUACGCUGGAAUGACAAUGAGCUACUUCAGCUUGGAUUUUGGGGACUUGAGGACCACACCGGAGCUACAAUGCUACUGCCGGGAUCCUCCGGAAGGUUGUCCCCCCAAGGGUACGAUGGAUAUGUCGUUCUGUACGGGGGCUCCACUACUUGGAUCUAAGCCGCACUUCUUGGAUUGCGAUCCUAAGUUGAUUAACGGUGUGGAUGGACUCAACCCCAAUGUUAAGGAUCACGAUAUCUACAUUUACUUCGAUUUGCUUUCAGGGUCUCCGGUAUCGGCUGCCAAACGACUACAGUUCAGCAUCGAAAUAGAACCUAUUCGAGGUCAUGAAGUCCUGGGUGAGCUGCCGACUGUUGUGAUUCCGAUGUUUUGGGCCGAGGAAGGAGUUUCACUAAACAAGACUUGGACAAAUCAACUAAAGUACACACUGUUUUUGGGUCUAACCAUCAACAGCACCAUCAUGUGGCUAUCGAUCGUGAUCGGAACGACCGGAAUCUUGACCGCAGGGCUGGUGUUUUACAAAAAAUCUUCAACGAAGAGCACGGUCAACACGGUUCGUCCGGUAACGGUUGAAAGUUUCCGUUCCGGAGUCAGUGGAAGUAAUGGGGUCGAUGGGAUGAUAAAACCGAACCCAAACCAGAACAGCAUUUCGAGAGAUUUAGUCAACAUCAACAACAGCAAGAAUCUGUCGGCCAUUCUAUCGGAGCUGGAAAAACAACCCAAGACGGUGCAGCCGAUUGCGAAGGUUCAGGAACGGUACUGAGCAAUUAAAUUUAAAACAAAAUGAGAAGUUAAUCACCUGCUUAAAUUUGGAUGGAUUUUCAUUUGCAACAAUAGUAAUAAAUAUGUGUAGAACAGUGUUAUUAUAUGCUGUAUUUCUGAAAUAUUGAUGGAAUAAACUUUUGUGCAAAUAAAACACGUAUGAACAUGGAUGGCAAAACUCAUCAGAUCGGCUUAACCAGUCAAAGUGCAUUUUUAUCGUCUGCUCUCUGAGAGUCUGAGAGCUAACCAGAGGUGCCAC